AUGGCAGGAGUGGGCGGGUCGGCUGAGGAUGUGCUCGAUGAGCUGUGCAGUGUCCUGCAGGGGCUGCCGGUUGAGGACGCCGAGGAGGAGGUGCGGACCACCCUCCAGAAGGCCACCGGUGUCGCUUCAGACGCAGACACGCUGGCGAUCCUGCUCAAGGUACUCCGUGGCGCCAGAGACGCCGCCAUGGAGGGCUACGACUCGUGGGAGAUUCCCGUGGAGUAUUGCAGGCGGCUCCCAGAGCUCUGCGACCGGAACUUCGUCGGCGCCCUGGGCGGUGACGGCGGCGAGAGACGCGGACGGGACUUCCCGGCCUCGGUUGUCGCCGCAGUCUACGCAGAUCGGUGCGGGCGCACCCUGGCUCUGGCGAACGAGCUGGCCGCGGCGAGGGAGAGGCUGCAGGCUGCCGUCAACGUCUUCUCCGUGGUCCCGGACAGCGGGAGCCUGGAGCUGAGGCAGCAGCGCGCGGGGGCCCGCGCCUCGUUGGCGCGGGUGUGGCGACGCAUGGGGCGCUGCGGGGUGGCAACGCACGCUGCCGCGGCGCGGGAGGAGCUCCUGAACGCGCUCAGCCUGCACGCCGCCCUGCCGGGCAGCCCCGAGCUCGCGGCGCUGGCCGGCGAGCUGUGCGAGGUGCUCGGGGAGGCCGGCGCAGACGCCGUCUCGCCGGAGCUCGUCGCCACCAUCUCGGCUGGCCGUCGAGAAGUUCGACGAGUGCUCCGAGGAGCAGCUCCAGGUCCUCCGGGACCUCGGCGGCGCGUGCCGGUGCGCUGGCCGGCUGGCGCUGGCCGCCCCCGCGCUCGCGACGCGCGCCGGGCUCCUGCGCAGCAGGUGCGGGGGCCAGGUGCUGCUGGGCGGGCAGGGCGUGGGGCGCGGCGGCCUGCGCUCGGGCGCGGCAGCGCUGCUGCGGGAGGCGGAGGCGGCGGAGGA